GAGUUAUGGAGGGGUAAUAAUACACCCCAACAUUGAAUCCAUUGAUAAGAUCUCAGGAUGCGGGCUCGGAGGUGGGAGCUUCUUUCCUGAUGAAGACUAUAACCUGAGGUCAUCUCACCUCCAUUCAAGGUUUGUUCAAACUGCCUCGCAAGGUUGGGUAUUAUUUCCUCCAUUCUUGACCAUUACUUUUCUCUAUUAUCGACAAUCACCAUGGCUUCUUCUAACACACCAAACGUGGCCUUUAUCGGGCUCGGAGCGAUGGGAAUGGGUAUGGCGACAAACCUACUGAAGACCUUCUCUGUUACUGGUUUCGAUGUUUACGAGCCCACUCUCGAGAAAUUCAGAUCUGCGGGCGGACACACAGCUAGGACACCGCGAUCUGCGGUCUCCGAUGCAAAGUAUAUCGUCAUUAUGGUAGCAACGGCGGCACAGACGCUCUCGGUCCUUUUCGACGACGUCACUGGAGCGAUUCACGAAUUGCAACCAAAUGCCACGAUCAUAUUGAGCUCCACUGCUUUUCCCGAACACGUUCCAGAAGUCAGACAAUUACUCGACAAUAAAUAUAACAGAAAAGAUGUGGAAUUGGUAGAUGCACCUGUGUCUGGAGGGACAGGUCGAGCAGCUUUGGGAACACUUGUAGUUCUCGCUUCUGGGCCCGAAAAGUCCAUCGAAGCGGCAAACCCAGUGUUGAAUGCAAUGGCAGAUCCGCUGUAUAUAAUACCUGGUGGGCUGGGGGCGGGCACAAAAGUUAAAAUGGUGCACCAAGCUCUUGCGGGUAUACACAUGAUUAUGGCGUCCGAGGCAAUGGGAUAUGCUGCAUUUUUAGGUCUCAAUACUAAGCAGGCUUUCGAUUACCUUACGAAAUCAUCGGGAGGAAGCUGGAUGUUGGAAAAUCGAGUACCCCAUAUGCUGGAGAAUAAUUUGCAUCCGCAUUCUGCUCUGAAUAUCAUUGUCAAGGAUAUGGGUAUAGUGACAGCUGAUGGACGUAGAAUCAAUUGUCCACUAUUUCUUUGCUCCGCGGCUGAGCAGGUAUUGGCGUCGGGAGUACGUUCUGGAUUUGGCUUGGAAGAUGAUUCUGGACUAGUUAGAGCUUAUAUACCCACCCAACCGAGUCUUGUCUUUGAACAGACCACAGCCGCUGCUAUCACUCCGGAUGAUCCAAGAUUGAAGCUAGUUGAGGAUAUACUAGCAGGGGUACAUUUAGUUGCAGCAGCAGAAGCAAUGGCUUUUGGUCAGGCUAUAGGUCUGGAGUCUGAGAUGCUAUAUGAUAUUGUAAAGGGGGCGGCUGGAGCGAGUGCUAUGUUCGUGGAUCGAGUGCCAGCCUUGCUAAAUGGGAAAUGUGCCUCGAAUUCCUCUAUCAAUAAUAUCAUUGCUCGUCUGGUAAGUUAAUUUCACAAGAAUCUUUUACAGUAACGCCUUGCCGAUAUAUGGUGCUCACAAUCGAAUAGAAUAUAGCAAUCGAGGAAGCGAGCCGAGUCAAAUUUCCGCUGCAUCUCGCAGCAACGGCGUUACAAAUUUUACAGUUGGCAAGUGAUCGAGGUUUCGGUGAUGAGCCUGAUGUGGCGGUUGCGAAAAUAUGGGAUAGUAAAGUUAAAUUUCCCUCGCCUGUUUUUGCAUAGGGAGGCAGCUUUAUCAAUAAGCCAUAUUUUGAGCUUCCACACUUCCCAGUUGAAAUACGUUUCCCUUAAAAUGAAGACAACAAUUGUUGGCAUAUAAGAUUCGAGAACCUGUAGAUAUAGUAGAUACGAUUCUCUGGAAGAUCUGUGCCGACAUUUCCGAGCUAUACUCAUGCAUUAUGGGGAAGAGACUAAUGAAUUUAGAUUGUGCUAUGAUCCCCUUCAACCACGGCUGGUUUGGCCGCCGGCUAGAAACUAUAAAAUUCCGAAACUCUAUGCACAUACCACAAAUUGGCAAACCACAAGAGAAUUGAACUGGUUUCUUGGGAUUUGGAUUUUGAACUUUCUGAAAGCAUAAAUGGUGCCACUUGGUGUAAAUUCCGAAAGUCAGUAGGUAGCUGGCUUCGGAUUUUGAAUAACUUGGGAGCCCCGCCCUGAAAAAGAUACAGACUUAAGAG